AUGGCUAAUGAAGAACAAUCAAUUGAAAAUGAGCUUGAAAAUAAAGAAAAAUCCAUAAAAAGCAUCAAGCCAGACCUGACCACCUUUGUGUUCCCUUCCCUUGAUAAAUUUGAAGAAGAAUUCGUAGCAAGUUAUAUAGAAAAAAUACCAGCUGAAGAAAGAGCUUUAAUAGAGCACAAUUCAAGCAAAAAGUAUACAGACAGCACGUAUGAAGGAGACCUUCUAGGCGACCAGAGGCAUGGAUUAGGAAAAAUGAACUAUGAAUCAGGGAGGUAUUACUUUGGGGAAUGAAAAAAUGACUUAAGAAACGGAGACUAAGAGUAUAAGGUUUAAGUUCUACAGAUUUGAUGCCUUCACAUGCUUGCGACUACAGGAGCCUGCUUCCUGGAGAAAUUCAGUCAUCUGUAAACUGUCUGAACAGCGGCCCACCGCUAGGACCUGGGGCUUGUACUGACAUCUGAUCUCGACGGAUUAGAAAGACUUCUCUUGUUCCAUGUCGCUCGGGUGCCAUGGCGACAAUGUUGAACCCGAUGACUCCUGACGCCACUGUUGAGGUCCGGAUAACUAAUACCUGGACUGGAGUAACGCCAGCUGACUCCCAAGAUUUACCCCUUAUACGGCUGCUCAGAGCGAGCUAGUGGCUAAAUUAAAAAGCCUAAACCAUGGCUUAGGCUAUAAAGCGACUUUGGGCCCAAAUGGGUGCGUUGUCAUCAAGGACAUUUUUCAUCGCCACCACCAUAUUAAUUAUGAAACGGCAGAGGAAUCGAGCAUUAUGCCAAUGGGAAUAAUUAUAAAGGAUAUUUUGUUAAUGGAAAAGCAGAAGGAUUUGGUAUUUAUAAAUGAACCAACGGAGAAGUAUAUGAAGGAGACUGAAAAUGUGGGAUUAAAGAAGGAAGAGGUAUAUGGAGGAGCUCAAAAGGCGAUUAUUAUAUUGGCUAUUGGAAAGAUUCUAAGGCCCAUGGAUGGGGAAAACAUGUAUGGAGCAAUGGAGAUUGGUAUGAAGGAGACUGGGUCGCCUGCAUUAAGCAUGGGGUCGGGGUAGAAAAAUAUGCAGAUACUGGAGAUGAGUAUAGAGGGGAAUUUAAAGAUGGAAAACCUCAUGGAUAUGGACAUUAUUACUAUAAAAACGGAAGCGUCUAUAAAGGCUAUUUCAAUGAAGGCAAAAAGCAUGGCAGAGGAAGGCUAAAGCUGCCUCAAGGGCAUUUUUAUAUCGGGGAGUUCAAAGAUGACAUGAAAGAUGGAAGAGGCUGCUUUACAUGGUCUUCUGGGAAUCAAUAUAAAGGAGAGUUUCGGAGAGACAAAAGGCAUGGGAAAGGCUUUAUGUUUUGGACUGAUGGAUCUUCUUAUAAAGGAGACUGGCUUGAAGGAAAUCAGCAUGGCUGGGGAAUGAUGGUAACAGGAGAAGGAAGAGAACCUAAAAUUGGUAGGUUUGAAAAUAAUCGCCUUGUCGAAAGUGUGCAAUAA